GGAAAAACGGUAAGGAUCUUUCUGUUCAGUUUCAUGCGCUCUACCUGCUCAUAAAAAUCCCAUAAAAAAAUACCAGACACCCUGUAUAUUUAAUCCUUUGCAGAACAAAUUCAUGAAUCAAAAGAAAUGUUAAGAAACCAUCACGGUUUCUUAUAACAUCAUUUGAGGAAGCUUCUCGAAAACGUUUUACGAAGCGUAAAAGUGCUGUAAACACAAAUAUUGAAAGUGACGUUAUGGAGCUUCAAAAUAUUCUUAAUGAAGAAGAUAGUGACAAUGACACAAUAGAGGAUUCAGACUCUGAUGAGAAUGAAGCACAUUCAUCACAAGAUAUAAGACAUAGCAUAUCAGAAAACAGAGUUUUAACAACGCUAUCAGAACCAUUGGCACAUCAGUCUGCUAAUCCUGCACAAUCCAUAAUUCCUUCUUAUUCCCAAAUGUGUUUGCCUCAACCUAAUCAGAUAGAUUGUAAUACUUUUUCACAUACAUCGUCAUUGAAUCGUAACACCCAGAAUCAACAUCCAACACCACAAGUACCAUUUUUAUCAGCUUCCACACCAAUUCCAUAUAGGCAGGAAAAUAUAACGAAUCAAAAUACUUACAUGCAAUAUGAUCAAUCAUGGCCACAAGUCACCAAUUGUCCACCACCUCCGCUGCCAAACACACACUGCACAAAUACCGACACUCGUGCUGCAUUGCAGCCUAUUCGUGACAACAGAUUAUACGAACGUCUGGAUAAAUUGGAUAGACAGAUGCAACGACUUAUUAACAUUGUGAAAGACGCAUUGAAAAUUAAUAAAAAGUCAAAACAUCCACCGACAAAACCAGCUGUUUUACCUAUUUCAUCUAUGGAGGAGAUGGAAACCUUUGAAGGCAUAGAACAAGAUGUUUAUUUAUCAGUGGUACGUUACUUGGAAUUUCUUGGUGGUUUUCAUGUCAAGGAAGUAAUAAAUAUAUUCUUAAAAGAAGCAAUACAAGAUACCUUGACACUGUGUUUUACCUGGUGGGGUAAUGAACGUCGAAAAUCGUUUUCUCAAACUCGUAUUGUGCGAGUAAUUUUUGAUGCUGCAUGCAACAAUGUAAAUUUUGAAUCACCUACUCGGUUUGAAUUUCAAAAAUAUAUAAAGGAAGCUUUACGAACUGCAAAAGAAAGAUGCAGGAGCCGAAACCGACAAAAACAAAUACAGCCGAUAAAUAAAGACAAUCGUGCUUAUUGGAUGAAUAAUGAGAGGAACUCUAUAAAUGACGUAGAAAACAUAGAGCCGAAUAAUGAGUAUCAGGAGUAA